AUGACGCUGGGACUCAGAAGCUACCGCCCCCUGGUCGGCGGCGUUACCCACAUGGUUAGCACCGGCCACUACCUGGCCACGGCUGCCGGUUACCGGAUCCUGGAGCAGGGCGGCAACGCCAUUGACGCCGGGGUAGCCGCCGGGAUCGUUAUCAACGUGACCCUGCCCCAGUACACCAGCUUCGGCGGCGUGGCUCCCAUCAUCAUCCACCAUGCCGAAUCCGGCGAUACCAGGGAGAUCAGCGGUCUCGGUCGAUGGCCUGCCGAGGCGUCCAGCGAUUAUUUCCGCACCGAACACGGUGGCGACAUGCCCCAUGGAGUGAUGCGCACCGUGACCCCGGCUGCGCCGGACGCCUGGCUCACCACCCUCAGUCGUUACGGCACGAUGACCUUCGAGCAGGUGGUCACGCCGGCGCUGGAGAUUGCCGCCGGCGGGUUCCCGAUCCCGGCUACGCUGCAUCGCGCCCUAGCCAGCAGCGGAGACAACAUCAUCCUCGAUGAAGGGGACACCAGCCAGUGGACCAGCACCAUGCAGAUCUUUUAUCCCAAUGGCAAGGCGUUGGGCGUCGGAGAUCUCCUGGUACAGUCCGACCUUGCACGCACCUUCCGGCGCAUGAUUGACGCCGAACGCGGUGCGUCCGGCCAGGGCCGGGAGGGCGCCCUCCAGGCCGCGCGGGACCUCUUCUAUAAGGGCGACAUCGCCGAGGAAAUGGUCGCGUUUAUUCGGGGCCAGGGCGGGUGGCUGUCCAUGAACGACCUGGCGGCCUUCUCCGUGGGCGUGGACUCUCCGCCUAUGAUUGACUACAAGGGCCCGGACUCCGCAGAAAUCCAGGUGUACGCCUGCGGUCCGUGGUGCCAGGGGCCGAUGAACCUCCACGCCCUGCGUAUCCUGGAAGGCUGCGACCUGCCGGGCAUGGGCCACAAUUCGGCCGAGUACAUUCAUACCGUGCUUGAGGCCCUGAAACUGGCUUUUGCCGACCGUCACGCCUACUACGGUGACCCCGAUUUCGUCGAUGUGCCCAUGGCCGGCCUGCUCUCCCGGGAGUACGCGGACAUCCGGCGACGGGAGAUUGACCCCAGCCGCGCUCAUCCCGAGAUGCCCGACGCCGGAGACCCCUGGGCGUUUCAGUCAGGGACUGGCCCCGCGGCCCGCAAACCGGAACCCGUGGCCGGCCCGCUGUCGGCGGACACCUCGUAUAUCUGCGCUGUGGAUCGCUGGGGCAACGCUUUCUCCGCCACGCCCAGCGACGGGUUCGGCGGCGCGCCCAUUGUGCCCGGUCUGGGUUUCAUGGUGUCCGCUCGCGGAGCGCAAAAUUGGCUGGACGAAGAUCAUCCCUCCAGCCUUGCGCCCGGAAAGCGGCCCCGCCUCACUCCCAAUCCCGCGAUGGCGUUCCGGGACGGCAAACCCUGGAUGCCCUUCGGAACGCCGGGCGGCGACGUGCAGCCCCAGUCCAUGGUCCAACUCUUCCUGAACGUUGCCGAAUUCGGAAUGGACGUGCAGCAGGCAAUCGAAGCCCCACGCGCAUCCACCUGGAGCUUCCCCAAUUCCUUCUGGCCCCACGCCUAUCGCCCCGGUCUGGUCGGCGUUGAAUCCCGCAUCGCGCCCUCCGUGGUGGACGACCUCCGCAAACGCGGUCACGACGUGGACGUGUGGAACGAGUGGACCCCGCGGAUGGGUUCCUUGUGCGCCAUUGAGAUCGAUCGUGAGCGCGGGAGCCUGUUCGGGGGCGCCGAUUUGCGCCGAGACGGCUACGCGAUGGGCCGCUGA